AGAAGGUUUCAGAUACAUUGUUGUGCAAGUUGGAUGUCAUUUGGAUUAAUACAAAGUGUUAGAUAAGUAAGUAGAACUGAAAUGCACAAGGUUCAUACAAGCGCGGGACACUCACACAGGCGCGCGUGUGCAGACGACACUGCAAUCGACCUAUGUAGUGGUGGUACAGUCCGACCGCGCGCUCUUGAUACUUCGGAUCAGUUUCCCAACAAGGAAAGGCCAGAGCUGCAAACUUUUGUCGCUCCACAAGUGAUUAAAAUACCAGUGAAUAAACCCGUAAAUGUACACUUUUGUUCAAAUAUUAGUGCAUUUAAAAUUCAUUUCUUAAUUUUUUGUUUAACUUAAUCGUCGCGAAAGUGCUCUAAUAUGGAUUUAAUAAAAUAUUACUCGUAAAUUGUGGGGACAAAUAUUACAAACAAACAGUGCCGGUGUUCAGCAACCGAAUAAAAGCGUGUUCAACCGAAAUUUAUCCGAAUUUUUCGUAAUUUUUUACAUUUUUCGGAUGGUCGGCUUCAAGUAUCAAGAGCGCCGGAGCGCCGGAGCUCGGUCGCAGUAAAUACAAGGUAAUGGCUAAGUACGCACGCCGUCUAGUACGGUGGGCGCGCUCGGUGCAGUCCCGCCUAUGCACAAUCGGUGGAGCGUCGCAUUUCCGUUCCCGGCAGACAACUGGACCACAACACGCGACAUUACCGCUAAAAACCUCCGAAAAAUAAACAAAAAUUACUAAAAAAAAAUCUGACCACAGACUAUAUUUUAUAAAAAAAAAUAUUCAUAUCAUCGCGUAGUGGCUUCGAAAUACGAAAACAAAUCGAAAAGUAAAAAAAAAAAUAUUUUGGGAUUUAGUGAGUUUUUCUGAAUUUCUCUUCGUAUUUAAUAAGUGCGGCUCUUCACUGAGAUGCAAGACACAUAUCACAUGGAAACUUAGGGCCCGAACUAUAUUUUUUAUUUAGUAUAAAAUAAGUAAUAGAAGGAAUAUUUUUGUGAAAAGUGACUACCGUGAUGUGUUACAAUAUAUUAUGCAGUGACAGUGUGAUCGCUGUGAAAUACGGCUGAAUGGAUUCGUGAUUACAUGACGAGGUGACGCCGGUAUUGUUAUUGCGACUUUUUUUCGUUUUUUUUACAAAAAUUACUACCGAAGUGUCAAACUGGACGGAAGAGGAACCGGCCGCCUCUGACGCAUGUCUAGAACGGGUGGCGGAGGAGUUGAUGGGUCGAAGAAAAUGGAAACUAUAUCAGGACGCGUUAAUACCAAAACGAGGGGAGGCAGAAUUAUCGAGCGACGAGGAAUCGGUCCAGACAGACCCUCCACCUGCCUUGAAGAUCAAGACCAUAGAACAGAUCAACGAGGACGAAACAAAGGAAGAAAGAGUGGAAGAAAAGGUGGCUCGAAGGCCAGAAACUAUUCUAGAGUCAUUGAUCAAGCGGCCUGCCACCCAACCGAAGCUGGAAGUAGCCGAGGAACCAGCAGAUUGGAAGCCGCAGGACAAAUGCUACUUCUGUACGGAUGGUGAGCCGGGAGGAGGCGAGAACAGGCCAACCGGCGCUAUGAGUCCCGCGUCGGAGUCAGACAGCAGUUCGGUGUCGGGCGCGAAGAGCCCGGCCUCCGCGCCGCCGCUGCUGCAACACCUCCUCCAACUUCAACUGCAGGCGCAGAACCCUCAGACUAUAGCACAGGGCUACACGGACAUGUGUGUGCAGUUUCAGCAGAUGCUGACUGCCUUGGCGGCGCUGGGCAGCGGGCUGGUGCCGCCGCCGCCGCUCUCGCAACCCUGGAUGAUGCAGCGGCUCGUCCAUAGGCAGACGGAUAGACCGCCAGAGGUGGGUGAGAAGGCGCCGGCGUCUUCAUCCCCGAACCUUGCAGAGCAGCCUCUCGAUCUGAGCGCCAAGUCCACCUCCAGCACGAGUGGAACUCCUCCACCGGAUAAUAAGCACUUGGAUAACAGAUUGAAGCGCCCCGCUCCGGACGGUGCCAGCAACAGCUCGGGUCGGCGCGCCUACACCGAGGACGAGCUGCAGUCCGCCGUCCGCGACAUCCAGUCCGGCCGGCUGGGCACCCGGCGCGCUGCCCUCAUCUAUGGCAUACCGCGCUCCACCCUGCGCAACAAACUCAACAAGUUCGGCACUCCCGUCGACCAAGUCGACUCAGAUAAUGACAGCGAUGCCGAGCGUCCUGACUCGCCUCCUUCAGUCAUCCUCAAAAUACCAACAUUCCCCCCACCAGACGACAAAAGUCCCUCCCCAGCUGGACAAAUACAAGCGCCCAUCACUCCGAUAACGCCGAUGCUCCCUACCGCUCAACCAUCACUCAAGGCGCCAUCGCAGCUGCUGCUCCCACCCUCCGUGUUUGCUGACCCUCCCUCGACACAACACCUGUUCACGUCCCUCAGUGACGUCAUCGCUAAAAGCAUCAGCCAGAAGUUCCAGCAACCUCUAGAUAGGCCUCACCAUCAACCCAGUGACCUCAUGUAUCCACGAGGACCUGACAGACACGUCUCUGUCAUUAAAACGCCACCUGACAACCAGCGCUACGCCGCGCCAGGUAACUCCAAGGCCACUCCCAACAACAACGGGCAGCCGGCCACCGGAGGCAAGGGCACGCGGCCCAAGCGGGGCAAGUACAGGAACUACGACCGCGACAGCCUCGUGGAGGCGGUGAAGGCCGUGCAGCGCGGGGAGAUGUCCGUGCACCGCGCCGGCUCAUACUACGGCGUGCCGCACUCCACGCUCGAGUACAAGGUGAAGGAACGUCACCUCAUGCGACCACGGAAGCGUGAGCCCAAGCCACCCCAAGACACUGCUAAACCACAGCCACCAAAGCCACCGCCACCGAAACCGCCAACGAAACCGUUCUCUAACGGUCUCAACGGCCCGGAGGCUCCGGGCUACCCGCCUGGCUACCCAUAUUGGCCUGGCACUGGGUUCCCACCACCACCAGCUCCCGACUUGUACGCCUCACACAUGAUGCGACGACUGCGCGAAGAAGCGCCACCACCAGCCAAUGGUUCGUUUUUGGAGGGCAUCAUUCGAUCCAGCCUGGAGCGACCUGCGCUGCUGCAGCGGCUAGCGGCGCCACCUGGUGGGGAGGCAGUGCGGCGCGCGCCCACCAGCGACGGCGACGAGCCGCCCGCGCGCCGGCCCCGGCUGGACAGCUCGGACCAGGCGCUAGCGGCCGAGAUGCGCGAGGCGGUGCAGCGGCUGCGCGCGGACAAGCUGCGGCCGCGCAACGGCACGCCGACGCCGCCGCCUGCGCCCCCGGCCGAGCCGCCGCCGCCGCCGGCCGCCCCCCGGACCGCGCCUAGUGCGCUAGACGCCCCGAUCUCCUCAGUCUUUGUGAUAAUAAUAUGUAAAGUACAUUCCGCCGGGCGGCCCGCCCGCUCGCCGACUCACGCUAGUGCAAUACGGCCCGCUGAGGUUUGUCGUCCGAGACUCGCGUCACCCGUGUAUACUGUUGUAGUGACAAUAACUUAGUCGCAGGCUCCGCGCGCCGGCCCUUGUCUCGGUAUGUAGUGUCUCCUCUUUAUGUUUCCGCUUCCUCGGUCAGUCCGGACAGUCCUCACACACACGUAUCCACAUCGACACAUUAUCACCAAAUAUCACAAUAGUUACCUAAAAGUCACAACCAGUUCAAUAUAUCACAGCUUUACUAAUGCAAUAUCACAAUAAUAUAGAGUAGUUAGUGUCCCAUGACAGAGACUCGGAUGCCGUCGGUUGUGGCUUGCAGUCGCGUCCAGUAGUACACGAGUUGUUGCCCCGUCUUCUGUUAUCUGUAACUCCUCGCUUGCGCGGCGAUCAGGCGCAAUCUGUCACUCCAUCUCCUAAAUUCAAAUGAACACGAAACCAUUGUAGGGUAGAACGACACUGCACGUUGCAAGCGGCGCUAGGGUUGUCCAAAAUUCACGCAAAUCCAGAGAGCCUCAAAUUUUGACCUUGUUUUAAGUAAAAGACAACCAAAAGUUAACGUUAUAAAUUAACUAUUUAAAAUAAUUUUUAAGUAAUAAAAACAAUGUAACAAAUUAAUUAUAAAGCUAGCUAUGAGUGUAAAUGUUAUCGAUUUUUAAGUGAACUAUUGCAGAUUUUGUGCGGUGUUUUUAUAAUUAGAUAGGUAAUAUAUUGAAUGAAAUUAUUAGCGCUAUUGGCGGGUAGUGCGGUUGUGGUAUUGUUGGUCGCGUCGCCGCCGUCGCGUCGUCGCAUCGCCGUCGUGUCGUUGUCGUGUCGCCGCCGUGUCGCGCGACGUCGUACAGGCACUAGCUGCGGACGGUAUUGGCGUCUCAACGGUCGGCUGAGCUUCGCCUACACGAAGCUAUGUUCGGACUUAUGUGCAAUUAUUAUUUUGUAUAAAAUAGUAAUUUUAACUGUGUCUAAGCUAACACGUGGAUUUCCAUAUUACUGAAUGUGAUAUUUAGGUAUUACGAGUGCGGUUUGAUCACGAUUGACGAGCUGCGGGGACCGCCGGGCCCCGUCAUAUAUACACGUACGUACAUUAAAUACAUCUAGUGAACUUAUAUAUUUUAUGUACUAUUAUUGUAUCUUAAGAAGAUAAUAUUCUUAUUUUUCAUGGUCCAAGUUUUAAAUGUUUUAUCGACUAUACAAAAAUGUGGAUAAUCAUUAUUAUAUUCUUGUCGACUUUAAAAAUUAUAAUUAGCCCAAAAAUCCUCAAAAAAAAAUGAUAUCUUCAAAUUUGUGAAAUUUUUUGGUGUUCAAUCAAAAAUAUAUUAUGGAAGUACGAGAUGAAAAUGUAUACGCUCUCCCAAAAUUAAAUUUAGGUAAAAACUAUUUGGAUAUAAAAUUAUCAUACGAUACUUAUUGUAAGUUAUGUGUACAUGUGCGCCUCAUGGAAAUUAAGAAGUCUUUGUAUUAUGUAUGUAAUUAAAAUAUACAUAAUUAUAUUAUAUACAAGUUAAAAUUUUAUGUCGUACAUUUUUCUUCGGAGACCACGAGUGAUGUGCAAAAUAGAAGUACACGAGGGCACUCGAUAUAUCGACAUAAUAUUGUUAUAUUAACUAAUAUAUCUUUCUCGGACCGAAGCGAAACAAUUUAUUAUAUACAAGUGAUAUAUGAAAUCAUAAUCCAAACAAAUACAUAUCCCCCAUGUCGAUAUGUCGAGCUCUCUCAACAAAUGGUAAAAAAAAACAAAAAUUUUUAUAUUCAAAAUUUUAAACUAGUCGAUAGCAUGUCUUCACUUUUGUUUCUCUGUGCAUAAUUUUCGACGUCUUUUUAGCAUUUAAUCUUAAUAAAAAAAAGUUAAUCUAUAAACGUUAUGUGCAUUUAUCCGAGUGAUGAAUACUUUUGUAUAUUGAAAACAGAUUAUAUUAGAUUAUUUAUCGUCGUGUUGACAUCCCUACCAGACCGCAUUUCGAAAUUUGAAAUGAAAUAUUUAAAGAUCGAACAACUUUUUUUUUCGAAAAUACGUACACGAAUCUGUGUGUUAUGCCUGACAUUUGUUGAUAGCUUAAAACAAAAAAGUUAUUUUGUGUAAGUUUGUACAGACAUAGGAUGGGACAUUUUGCAAAGAGAAUUUAGAUAAUAAUCAACAUUCCGUUUAGAAUGUUAUUAGAUUUUUUUUUAAUUAAUAAUAUAACUAUUUUUUGCAUCGGGAACAAAUAAUUAUGUUGUUUAAUCUUAUUUUGUAACGUUAGUUAAUUUUUAAGUGGCUUUAUUUUAUAAAAAUAACCUUUAUAUAUGAUUAAUUGUCAUAUUAUAUUGAGAUGUUAUACAUUCAUUGUUUUUGUGCGAAGUGUUUGGGGUUCUAUUCCCGAUUAAAGAGAGUUGCGACUGAUAUGUAAUAGAAAAUAGCCGAGUGCUGGUGGCACUGGCUCGGUCGGUACAAAUGGUAUACACCGCCUUAACACUUAAAAAUGUUAUUGACAGUGAUCUCUACACUACUUAAAAUAAUAAUCAUGGCGAGGCGAAGGAUCCAACUCUAACAGCGAGACAGUUUUAAUAUUAAAUUUAUUUCCGUUACAUUGAUUAUUUUUUUUAGUAAAACAAGAAUGGAACUGUUGUUCUCAAACACAUGAUGCACCAAAGCGGAAGAGAAAUAUUAAUUUACAAAAGAUACAAAACAACUGCCUCCAUUCAAAUACCUCAUUCAAUAGCGAUGCAAACUUACUUAAUGUCAUUUAUACAGAGUACACACGACGCCAACGGUCAGCCAUGUUGUUUGAUAACUCCAGUUUUAGUCGCUAGAGGUCACUGGUUUAUUAGUGAAUCAUUUUUAUUGUAUAUUGUUCAAUCAUUUUUCCACAUAGUUUAAGAAUUUUAGUUAAUAUUGUAGCGUAUUUUUCAAUUAAAUAGGUAGUCCGUAGCAAUUCUUUAAUAUUUUUCUUGUUAAUUUUUUUUUUUUCGUAAAUGUAAUAAAUUCUCCGUAAGGGUUAGGUUAGUCUUGAACGGUCCUCAACUGGUCCAGGAACAAAAGACAAUGAAGGGAAUGUUGCAUUUUUUAAUUAAAACGUUAAAUAUUAUCGUACUAAGCGGCCGCGGCGUCGCUGCUCGCGUCCGAUGCGUCUGCCCUCGUACGCGUAUCCGACCGAAAUGCGAACACUUUGACACUUUCUUAAUUUGACUUUCGAAUUGCAGAAUUCGAUUUUUGAAUUUGAAACGUUGAGCGCGGCUUCUCGUAAAAGACAUUGCCAGGAUGUUAGUUUACGAAACAUUUUUAUGGACACGAAGUUGUUUGUUUGUGUGACUGUACCUAACUUCAUGUCGAUUCCCAACUUCACACUGUGCCGCCGUGUAGUUCGAUCAUACGGGAGAUGUUAUACUUAGUUAGUACUCUAUUUUGAACGCUGUGCCCACCCGUGUAAAGUUGAGAAUCGACUUUUCUUAUAAAUGUAAGAAUCACCUAAUGUCGUCACUAAUUGUUUUCCCUUUUACAUCUUGUAUGUAUUUCUAGAUGGUUAAUUUUAAAACAUUAAUGAUUAUUGUACUACUAUUACAAUAAUUGACUUAUUAUUAUUGACAUUUAGCAUUAUCGUGGAAAGGUAUAGAAUAUUGAAUGAUGAAAGUUUUUUAAACGUCUUGCUAGACGGUCUCGAAUGUUCCACAUUCGUGAUGAAUUUUUUUUUAUAAAAAAUAUGUACAACAAGAAGCAUUUAAUUUUAGAAAUAUGAGAUACCUAUUAUGUUAUAAAUUUAAUGAAACGGUAGCAGAUCAAGUGUUUGCUAUCUCGAUGUAUUUAUUUGAAAUAACGCUUAAAAAUAUUACAUCACACUGCUGGGGACAUUUAAAAUCUUUGAAUGUUGUCUUUGCGAAAUUUUAUUAUUGGGAUUCUUUUUGUGAUUUACAAACAAAUCAGUUAGGUAAUGGACCAAUGUAUAAGAUAGAUAAACCUGUUAUUUCCCGAAGAAUCGAGAAUGGCUCACGUUUUUUUUUUUAUAAUAUUAUAUAAACUGCGCAAUGAGCUAACAAGAUCAAAUUAUAAUAUUGUUAUUUAAUUAUUGAGUACAAGUUUUAAUGAAAUAUUUUUUUUUUUCAAUAUACCUUACUCGCCUCUUUAUUUUUGUUAUUUUGUUCCUUUAGUUUUUAUUAUUAUUGUUUAAAUCAUAAACAGAUGAUUAGAUUUCGAGUUUAAUUUAAGCAACUCAUAAUUAUUUUUAUUAUAAAUUAUAUAAAAUAUAUAUAACUUUAUCUUUCAAUUCCUCAGUAUGAAAAGUGAUGUUUAAAUACAUUUCCAGAACCGUUAUCGCGAACGAAUAAAGAGAAAAAUCGUAAAAAUUGGCAGAAAAUUUAUGUGAUUGGCGCCACCACUAUUGUAUUAAAUCUAGUCAAAUUUUUUAGGAUGGUUGAAAAAAAUUGAGAAGCUAAGCUUAGGAUGAUUCGACUGAAUUUUUGAUAAAAAAAAAAUAAUUAAACAAACGUCCAAAACCGUCGCUAGGCGACUUAAAAAAAAAAGAGUUGAUUUGAAAUUGUGGAAUUGUGGCCGAUGUUUGUAAAAAAUACUGUUUUUUCUUACUUAUACUUACUGUAAACAUGAAUAGGAUGAUUUGAGGUGAAAAAAGGAAUGUUUUUUCAUUAUGUAAUGUCCUUUUUAUCUAUAGGAUCUUUAUACCUUACGUUAAAUAUCAUAUGACAUGGCUGGUUGGGCAGGUGUAAUGUGCGAGGAUAUUUAAAACCUGUAUACAAUAAAUUUCUUUCAUUUGUUGAAA